AUGGCUGCAGGGGAGAAAAUAACAUUGACUGAUGCUCUACAAAAUGUGGAUGUGUUGGACGAGCUUCCCCUGCCGGACCAACAACCCUGUAUCGAGGGCAUGUCCCUAUCCAUCCAUUAUCAGGCCAACUUUGACACCAACUUCGAGGACAGGAAUGCCUAUGUCACAGGGGUCGCUCGGUACAUUGAGGAGGCUACAGUCCAUGCAGAACUGAACAAACUGCUGGAAGAGGGACAGGAACAUGCAGUGAUGUUGUAUACAUGGAGGUGUUGCUCUCGUGCUCUACCACAGGUGAAGAGCAAUGAACAGGCCAACAGGACAGAGAUUUACCAGAAGACUGUAGAGGUACUUGACCCCCAGGUUUCCAAGUUGAUGGACCUCAUGUACUUCACAAGACGAGCUAUCCAAAGGUUUGGUAGCGAGGUGAAGCGCCUUUCACACAACCAGAGGAGAAAUGACUUUGUAUCAGAGGCUUACUUGGUAACAUUGGGAAAAUUUAUCAAUAUGUUUGCUGAGUUGGACGAGCUCAAGAACAUGAAGGCUGGUAUUAGGAAUGAUUACUCCGCUUAUAGAAGGUCAGCCAUGUUCCUGAAAGUAAUGGCCGACCCUCAGGCCCUGCAAGAGUCACAAAAUUUGUCCAUGUUCUUGGCCACUCAGAACAAAAUUCGUGAAAUGCUGAAGGAGGCCCUUGCAGAAGCUGGCAAUUGUGAAGACCUCCUGGCUGACAUAGUCAACAUCUGUAUAAACAUGUAUGAGAACCGCCUCUUCCUGGAGCCCAGUGAAAAGUACAUGCUUGUCAAGGUGAUGGCCUUUGGUAUAUACCUGCUGGAUAGGCCAGACGGUAGUAUCUACAAGAUGGACCAAAAGAAGAGGAUCAAUAUCUCCAAAGUAGACAAGAUUCUAAAGCAACUGGAAGUUGUUCCUCUGUACGGAGAUAUGCAGAUAAACCCGUAUACAUACAUUAAAGGUAGCUGUAACUAUGAUGCAUCACGCUGGACCUUCUGUGAGUCCAGCCACAUCAGUCCACAGUCCAACAUUUUAGCUAAUCUGGAGGCAAUCCGAGAAGACCAUAUGGCUUAUAUAAGUCAGCUCUCCAAACACAGUAAUGAGGCCAUCACAACAACACGUGAGUCACCACGACCUGAUUCAGAGAAUAAGGAACUGAGUGACCUUGCCCUACGUGGCCUUCACCUGAUGUCAGCCUGGACACAGCAGGUCAUGGAACUGUACUCCUGGAAGUUGUUGCAUCCUACAGACAGCCACCAAAACCCUGACUGCCCCCAGACCUCAGAGGAGUAUGAACGGUCGAUCAGGUAUAACUACAACAGCGAUGAAAAGUUUGCCAUCAUAGAAGUAAUCGCCAUGAUCAAGGGUCUACAACUCCUGAUGGCCCGUAUGGAAACUGUGUUUAUGGAUGCCAUCCGACGACACAUAUAUGCUGAGCUUCAGGAUUUUGUACAACUUAUCCUGAGAGACCCUCUUCGCAAGUCAAUCAAAAAACGUAGUGAUGUCAUCAAAGUGAUAAUAAUGGCUGUGCGGGAUACAUGCGUGGACUGGUUCAGAGGAACAGAGCCACAGGAUGACCCCUCACUCAAGGGCAAGAAAGAUCCAGAUGAAGGGUUUAUGAUCAAGGUUCCAAGGAGGAAUGUUGGUCCCUCGACAACACAACUGUAUAUGGUGAGGACCAUGUUAGAGUCAUUGCUCGCAGAGAAGAGUGGAGGAAAGAAGACCCUGAGGAAGGACAUAGAUUAUCAGCAUCUGUUGACUAUUGACAACUUCCACAAAACUUCAUUCUUCUGGAAUUACCUCCUCAACUUCAAUGAGUCCCUCCAGCGAUGCUGUGACUUGUCCCAGCUCUGGUAUAGAGAAUUCUUUCUAGAGAUGACAAUGGGCAAGCGGAUACAGUUCCCUAUAGAAAUGUCAUUACCCUGGGUGUUGACCGACCACAUACUGGAGACCAAGGAACCGUCAAUGAUGGAGUACAUUUUAUACCCCUUGGACUUGUACAAUGACAGUGGCCACUAUGCUCUCACCAAGUUUCAUAAACAGUUCCUUUAUGAUGAAGUAGAGGCUGAGGUGAACCUCUGUUUUGAUCAGUUCGUGUACAAAUUGAGUGACCAGAUAUUUGCCUACUACAAGCACCUGGCAGGAAGUAUAAUGCUUGACAAAAGAUUUCGCUCCGAGUGUGCAAGCAUGGGUGUCAAGGUGAAUUACCCUGUUGCCAACAGAUACCAGACCCUUCUGCGACAGAGACAUGUACAGAUCCUUGGUCGGCUUAUAGAUCUGAACAAGCUGAUUGGCCAGCGAGUGAACGCAGCACUUCAGAAAGCCCUAGAUGUGGCCAUUGCCAGGUUUGAGGGUGGUGACAUCACUGGUAUUGUGGAGCUAGAAGGGCUAAUUGAGUGCAACAGACUUACUCAUAAACUUUUGGCUAAAUAUCUGACAUUGAAUGACUUUGAUGCCAUGCUAAGAGAAGCCAACCACAAUGUGUCUGCACCUUACGGACGUACCACGUUACAUGUGUUCUGGGAGGUCAACUAUGACUUUCUCCCCAAUUACUGCUACAACGCUGCCACUAACAGGUUUGUGAAGACCAAGCUGCCGUUUGGUCCAGAAAGUCAGCGAGAGAAACCUCCUAACGCUUCACCACAUUACAUCUGGGGCACAAAGGCCUUAACCACCUCCUACAGUGCUAUCUACAGCCUAUACCAGGGAUUUGUUGGAGCUCCACAUUUUAGAGCCAUCUGUCGUAUGAUUGGCUAUCAGGGUAUUGCUGUGGUAAUAGAGGAACUUUUAAAGAUAGUGAAGGCUCUGUUGAAGGGGACCCUGUUUGAAUAUGUCAAGACUUUGAUGAGAGUCAUGCCUAAUGUUUGUCGCUUACUGCGCUACGACUAUGGAUCACCAGGUGUGAUGGGAUAUUACCAGGCCCAGCUAAAUGACCUGAUCCAGUACCCAGAUCUGAGGACGGAAGUGUUUCAGAGUUUCCGAGAAGUCGGCAAUGCCGUCCUGUUCUGUAUGUUAGUGGAACAGUCCCUGACACAAGAGGAAGUUUGUGACUUGAAACAUGCAGCCCCAUUUCAGAACAUUAUACCCAAACCGUUUAUUCCUAUCAAAGAGGGUGACAAUAGAAAGGAGAAAGAGCAGGAGCUCAAGAUGAUGAUGAAGAGACUGGAAGCAAAGUAUGCUGCUCUUCAGGUGGUACCAGUCAUCUCAAAACUAGGGAAUAGUCAGCAAAGUGAGAUUGCAGCGGAAGGAGACCUGUUGACGAGGGAGAGGCUCUGCUGUGGGCUGUCCAUGUUCGAGAUAGUACUCACUCGGAUCCGUACAUUUGUAGAGGACCCACUCUGGAUUGGUCAGCAGCCUGCCAAUGGUGUUAUGAACAUUGACGAAUGUACAGAGUUCCACAGAUUAUGGAGUGCCAUCCAGUUUGUGUUCUGUAUCCCAGUAGGGGACAAUGAAUACACUAUAGAAGAGUUAUAUGGUGAGGGUCUGAACUGGGCAGGCUGUGCCCUCAUCAUCCUCCUUAACCAGCAGAGGAGGUUUGAGGCACUCGACUUCAGCUACCACAUCCUCAAAGUCAACAGGGUUGACAUGAAGGAUGAAAACGUGAAAGGAAUUCAACUAAAGAAGAUGGUAGACAGAAUAAGGAAAUUCCAAAUAUUGAACAAUCAGAUAUUUGCUGUGUUGAACAAAUAUCUAAAGACCAAUGACUCAGACAGUAUUCCUGUAGAGCAUGUAAGGUGUUUCCAACCACCAAUCCACCAGUCCCUUGCUACCACUAUAUGAACACUGCAGGACGAGGAUUGUUUAUUAAUCAACACUGCAGGACGAAGACUGUUCAUUGAUAAACACUGCAGGACCAGGACUGUUCAUUAAUCCACACUGCAGGACAAGGACUGUUCAUUAAUCCACACUGCAGGACAAGGACUGUUCAUUAAUCCACACUGCAGGACAAGGACUGUUCAUUAAUCCACACUGCAGGACAAGGACUGUUCAUUAAUCCACAAGUCUUCCGCUACAGCUAUAUUGACACUGCAGGAUUAUGUCUGUUCUUUAAUCCACCAGUCCCAGUUCAUUUGAUAGGAUACAGAGUAUAGACAGAGAGUUGUGUACCAGUAUUUCACUUGUAUAUUGGUAGAUUCCAUCAGCUAUCUAUCGCUGGCACUGAUAAUAUAUACAGUCCAUUUACUUAAUAUCUGUAUCAAAGAUGAUAAUGAGAGUUCACUUUCACUUAGUCGGGUGGUAAAAAUGGCUGUAUUAAAAGGCUGAAGGAAAAGUGGAUGUGAGUGUUGAUCCUGGUUAUUUGUGUAUCGUAAAGAGAGUUUCUGUGACAAUGGAAUCUGUUUAAUACUAAAAUGUAUAUGCUCAGUAAGUUACAGAGGCAUUGAUCCAGUAUCAGUAAUAGAUGGGCUGUUCAUUACUUAUUUGUCAAUGAGUUAGAUACUUCAAUAGUAGAUGGGCCACCGAUAGAGGUAUGGUACUUCAAUAAUUGUUGGGCUCCUCAAUUCCUUUAGAAGACAUCAGUAGCAUAGGCUACUCACUGGUAUUACUUACAGGAGAUACCAACAUAUUAUGAGAUUAAAUCAUUAUUACCUUUUCAUUUAGUUUGUGACAUUUUAAAUCUAACUAUUAAAUUAUGAAAGCGAUUCAUAAAUGCCAAAUCCUAACAAUACCUAAACUUCAAUAGCUGCUUUAUCAUGUUUUGUUUCUUUGUUUCAUAAAAUAAAAAUUAAAAAAUUUUGUCAUCAAAAAAAUGUUUUUGAAGGUUAUUACAGUGACUUGUCCUUGCGAUCAAAGCACUAUGUCGUGAGCUAUUACAGAAUAAAAUCAAAAUAUGACAAAAAAUGAUUAUUUUAAUGUCAUGAAUUUUAAAGACAAAAUACCAUCAAAUGCAAUUAAUCGUUCAUAGCAAAUAAUUACUCUUAGACUAAAUACUUAGUAAUUAGUAUUACACACGUCUCAUUUUGCUGUGUAUAGGUAAAUGAGAUUCUGUAAGCUCAUAUUUUAUUGGAAUAUUAAGGUAUAUGUAUACAUUUAUGUAUUAUAUGUCCUAUUGUAAUCAUACCCAGCUAUAAAGAGUGUUAUAUAUGCCUGGCUGCUAUAUUGAAAUGGAUAUAGCCUAGAAAUUUUGGUUGUCAGUAUUAAGAUAUUUGUAGUAUAUGUGUAAUGUCAAGAUUUGCUUCAGAUAGAAAUUAAUGAAGCUAUUUUCAUUUUCGGAUGUAAUUGACAAAAAGAGAUUUUAGUACAUCCACAUUCUUGUGUGAACUACACAAAUCUAUGAUGUAAUCAUCUAAAUGUAUGUAUAAUUUAAAUGAUUGAUGUCUCCGCCAUCUAUGUCUUUGAUCUGUUUUCGCUUGUCUAUUUAUAGAAUCUCAUUAAUGAGUAUGAUCACUUUUAAUUUGCGACUGUUAUUAUAUGACUAAAGUCUGUAUGGAUAAUGCUUCACAAUAUAAUCAAGGUUAUCCUGAAACACUUAAUUUUAGGACUUCCUUAAAUAAUUUACUCGAUUGUGUCUUUAAUCUCUUACCUUUCUAAGGGAAACUGAAUAAUCAAUAGAUCUGUCAUACUCUCCUGUUGACCUUUCUGAAGGAAGACUGGAUAGUUAAUAGAUCUGUCAUAGUCUCCAGUAGACCCUGCUAGAUAUAAUUCUAAUCUUUAUACUAAUAAUGGUAUCGUAACAGUACCAUUGCAGUUUACGUCAGACAGGUAGAAAUGUCACGCUUGUGAUACAUAGCAUUAAGGAUGAAGUCAAACCUUAGCCUGUUUGUGUGGCCUCUAUAACAGGAAUUUUCCUGUGUUUAUAAAUCUGUCAAACUUCAACAUUCCCACACUAUAUUAACUUCGGGAAAAAAAUAAAAUAUAUUAACUUCGAAAUUCUUCCUCAAUUUUUUAUGUCCUUCUAUAAAAAGUAUAUUCAGUCUCUAACAAUAAUUUACAUUCUGCUAUCACUAGAGUAAAAUUGAGUAAAAUUAAUUUGGGGAAAUGUUAAAGUAGUAGACUAAGUACCUUUGGGCAUUUAGUGUUUUAUAUAGGAUCUCAUGCACUUGUUAAGAUGUCAACCAGUGAUAGGGUUUGUGGUUUUAAGAAAUAAUUUAUCCAGCAAAUCAGCCCAUGCCAAGUAAUUAUUAAGUCCGAUAAUAUGUUAUGUUUGUAGUAAAAUCAACAGCGAAUUGGAUUUCAUUUUCAUGUAAUAAGCCAACUUGUAAGUAAAAGGUUAUGUGUUGGCUGUCAUUGGCAUGUUAACUUAGCUAGCAACUUUUAUGAAAAUUCUCUUUUGAUCAUUCUGAGAGUGGGGCCCGGAACUGAAGUUCAAAGCUCAAGAAUCUGCGUCUUUAGAACAUUAAAUACUGUCAACAGAGUAGACAAGUAAAAUGGUUGUUUCAGAGCAAAAAGCUUUAUUGAUGGAUGUGGGAAAAUGUGAUUUUGUACUUAGAAUAUAUCAUCAGCAUGACUUUUUAAUAAUAUGUAUCAAAGAGAAUAAUUCACUAUUAUAAAUUUAUCACAAUGUGUAAAGAAUCGUGUAUCCAGAUUCUUCAGAUACUUAUAUUCAGCCAGUGAAAUUAUGAGGAGUAAAUAAUUUAUUCUGAAUUCUCUUUACAAUUUAUGUAAUGGCUUUUCCAUUAUAGAUACAGAGUGCGUUUUAUACUGCGAUUGUGUCUGGCAGAUUCAUUUAUAUAUUUUAUAUAUGAGUGGAACAGUGAGGCAUUUUAUGUAUUGUGCAAUACAGGUCCUACAAAGCUGGAGUGACAUGUUAUAUACUUUUGUGUACAUUAUUGAUUUAGAGAUAAUUAUGUAAACACAAUUCAAUAAAUUAUACAUAAUAAAUUG